CUAGUACUGAAAAUCUAUAGUUCAUGUUACGUAUACUAUAGAAUUUCAACACUGGCAGUGAAUUUCGGAACGUAGCCUAGGUGUUCUCAGCCAACUAUUGAAGUCGGAAGUCUGUAGCCUUUGUAUUGUUUUAGUAUUCGUGAAGAAAUUCGUACAACAUGGGUAAACCCAGAGGUCUACGCACUGCGCGUAAGCACGUAAACCACAGGCGUGAUCAGCGGUGGAAUGAUAAAGAUUAUAAAAAGGCACAUUUAGGAACAAGAUGGAAAGCCAAUCCUUUUGGUGGUGCUUCUCAUGCAAAAGGCAUUGUCUUGGAAAAAGUAGGAGUGGAAGCUAAGCAACCGAAUUCGGCUAUCCGUAAAUGCGUCAGAGUGCAGUUAAUAAAGAACGGCAAGAAAAUCACUGCUUUUGUACCAAGGGAUGGUUGUCUAAAUAACAUUGAAGAAAACGAUGAGGUUCUGGUAGCGGGUUUCGGUCGUAAAGGCCAUGCCGUUGGUGAUAUACCUGGAGUUCGAUUCAAAGUAGUAAAGGUUGCGAAUGUAUCUUUACUUGCACUGUAUAAAGAAAAGAAGGAACGACCGAGAUCUUAAAGCAUCGAUUUUCAAUGUAUUUCUAUACCUUUGUAUCAUAAUCUUGUUGACAUAAAUAUGAAAACGAUUUUUUAAAAAGUA